AUGAAGUUUAACGGCGUGUCGCUGGUCGAGCUGGGCAGUAACGGCAGCAGUCGAGUCCCUUGUGAAACACAACGGCGUUUUGCUGUAGCUGACCAACCGCCGGGAUGGUCAGCAUUCGUGCAAGACUGGCAACUCGUUGAUGACAUGGCCGGCAGGCCAACUCUCGGCCGACACAAGUCCAACCAAAGAAGCCCGCGCGGCCCAUGUCUGGCCCGUUGUGGCUCUUUGUGGCCACAAGAUGAGAGAAAGCAAGAAAACCAAACAGGCCUCCCAGACGGACCGCUUUCUGUUUACGCCUUGACCGCGUCGCCGCUGCUCAGUGGAAGAGUACCGACCAUGACAAACAAGCAGCCCGGACAACAGCAGCCGAGGUCUACACGUAAGUGCCACUUUCAGCCAGAGACUAGAUGCCCGCCAUGCUUCAGGCUGCCAGCUCGUGGAAUGGGUGCAGAGCGGAAGCAGCUGUGCGCGGCAAAGAAGGCACUGGAUGGCAUAUGGCCAGGAUCCGGUGGCCUCUACGGCGCUGUGAACAGAGCCGUGGAAGAUCCGGGAAAAUGGUUAAAGGGUGUGGCCAGGUGGCUGGAAACCUCCGAAGACACGGAUCCGGUCCGGGUCUUCACGGUUUGCUGCGACGACUUCCGGCCAAGGCGAUUGAAGGCUCCGGUGGUUCUCGCGUGGCUAACAGUGCAGCUGCUGGGAUUAAUUUUCCAGGUGAUUCUCUGGUUGGAGGUGGGGCGCAACCUCGAGUCCUUCGAAGACACCUUGGCCCAGAACUGUGCCCCUUCGCUUCAGCAGCACGGCAUCUGCCUUGGGCCCGCCUGGAAUCUGAGCUAUUCUGGGACCUUGAGCUUUCCGCCAGGCGAGAGCCAGACGCUUGGAGAUGCGGCCUCAGCCCAGGGGGCAAAGGCCAUGGAAGUUCAAGUUGAGGCAAUGCCAGGAUGGGAGGUGCCCAAGGGCUGCCUCGUUGGGGUACGUCUUGGGGAAGCUCUGAAGCAGCGCCGGUUAGACGGCAGGUCUGCGAGCAACUAUGUCUUCCCCAAGCAGGAUGGCAAAAGGAGAGCGAGGAUCGACGUCUAUCGGCAUGUGGGAUCUUGCUCAGUGGAGGUCGACCCCAGCAGCAUAAACGCAAACGAGGUGAACGUACCAUGUUCUGAUCCGUCGUUGCAGUCGAUACGGCUGAGAAUCACUUCGCAAGCUGCGGGCUCUUCCUCGGAGGAGCAGAGGCAGAGGCAGCAAGAGCAAGAGAGCAAGGAGUCUGCCUUGAACUACUUGGCGGCCCAUGACAUCGAGCAAACACUUGCGGAAUCUGUUCGCCAAAUGCUGAAGCUCUGCUGCAAAGGCUCGUUCGGGCAUCACCUUCUCUGGUGCUCUAAACUGGAGCCCGAAGUCUCAAUUGAAGUCGUGUCAGUCGUGCAGGAUCAUGUGUUGCCUAGAAGAGUUCUCCUGCAGAGCAAAGCACGGACCCAGUCCACAGCCACACGGUGUACGCGCUUGGUAGCUUGUACUAUGCCAGGAGACCACAUCCAUUGCCUGUCUUUUUGCAUUGAAGAGGUUCCAGAUCGUAGAGGCGGCAAUUGCACUUGCCUGGGAGCACUGUUGUUUGCUGUGCUUCACAGUAUUGCUUUACGGAAAGUGAAGCAUUGA